CCCCUUCAAAACUUCCGCUUGCGUGACAGUUGAGCUGUCAAACACUUUGCUUACUCUUUCCGGUUUUUAACUUGUGGUACUGAAGUUCUGUUUCUGCUAAAGCAGUAAUCUCCCAACACAAUGGCCAAGUCCAAGAAUCACACCAAUCACAACCAGAACCAAAAGGCCCACAAGAAUGGCAUCACCAAGCCCAAGCGCCAGCGUAACGAAUCGACCCGCGGUAUGUGCCAGAAGUUCCUGCACAACCUGCGAUUCUCCAAGAAGGGAAACCUGUCCCGUGAGGAAUCCCUGAAGCGCGCCGAGGAACGCAAGGCCAAGUUUGCCGGACAGCCAGCUCCGGUCAAGCUGUAAACUGCUUCCUUCUCGAUUCCGGUUCGGAUGAUGAUGAUGGUUGGGUGGUGUAUCCGUUUUGAUCCGUGAUCAAUAUCAAUUCCUAAUCUGGUACGCGUUACGAUAUCCGAUGAUACGGUGCAGUUGAUGAGUACAAGUAAGUUCAAUGCGGAAUAAAAAAUCAGUUGGAAAUUAA